AUGGCGUACGGUGAUGACGAUGACGACAGGCGCCAGGAUGAGGAAGAGGAGGAGCUGGAUGAGACAGAUUACAAAACCCAAAAAGAUGCCGUCUUGUUCGCCAUUGACGUCAGCGCAUCCAUGUUGCGGCCGCCGUCGCCAGCCACAUCCAACGACAAGAAGGCGGCAGCGACGGACAGGGACUCGGCCGUGGCGGCGGCGCUGAAGUGCGCGUACAAGGUCAUGCAGCAGCGUAUCAUUGCGCAGCCCAACGACAUGAUGGGUGUGUUGCUGUUCAAUACGCACAAGUCCAAGUUCCGCGAGGAGCAACCUGGCGGCCAUACCGGGGCUGCUUAUCCCCACUGCUACCUGUUGGUUGACCUGAACGUGCCCGGCGCCGACGAUGUCAAGAGGCUGAGAGCGCUGGCUGAGGAUGGGGAUGAUCCGGAGGGGAUCCUGGUUGCGUCGGAUGAGCCGGUCAGUAUGGCGAACGUGCUGUUCUGCGCCAACCAGGUGUUUACGACCAAUGCGCCUAACUUUGGCUCUCGCCGGUUGUUCAUCAUCACUGAUAAUGAUGACCCCCAUGCGAAAGACAAGAGCGCGAAGUCGUCUGCUGCUGUUCGUGCCAAGGACUUGUAUGACCUGGGAAUUGUCGUCGAGCUAUUCCCCAUUACCCGUGGGGAGGACAAGUUUGACCUGGCCAAGUUCUACGAUGACAUCAUCUACCGCGACCCUGCAGUUGAGGCGAUUAUGCCGGACGCGGUAAAAACGUCGAGAGCAGGAGACGGUUUGUCACUCCUGAACUCACUAAUCUCCAACAUCAACUCCAAGCAGACCCCCAAGCGGUCCUUCUUUUCCAACCUUCAUUUUGAGCUUGCUCCAGGAUUGACCAUCUCCAUAAAGGGAUACCAAAUCCUCCAUCGACAAAAACCGCAGCGAACCUAUCCUAUCUGGAUGGGCGGUGAGAAGCCAAUGCUUGCACACCCAGAGGCUGUCAGGGUGGACUCAGAGGCUCGGACAGUAGAUAAGUCUGAGAUCAUGAAAGCCUGGAAGUUCGGCGGCGAAUUCAUUCGUUUCAAACCCGAAGAAGCGGCAGCCCUGAGGGAAUUUGGGAGCAAAGUCCUUCGUUUGAUUGGUUUCAAACCCCGCUCCAUGUUGCCCAGCUGGGCUUCUGUGAAGAAGUCCGUCUUCAUCUAUCCCAGCGAAGAGCUAUUUGUCGGAUCUACCCGAGUGUUUUCUGCUCUGUGGCAGAAGCUUCUCAAGGAUGACAAGAUCGGCAUCGCAUGGUUCAUCCCGCGCGUGAAUUCGCAGCCACAAAUCGUGGCUAUCAUCCCAUCCGAAAACCCCGACGAAGAAGGCGCAGCGACGCCUUACUUACCAGCAGGGCUUUGGCUGUAUCCCUUGCCGUUUGCCGACGAUGUCAGGAAAGUUGAUGCCUCAGCGCCACCGAAAAAGGCAGACGAGCUGGCGACCAAGAUGCGAGAGAUUGUGGGCAACCUCCAGCUACCCAAAGGCAUCUACAACCCGCUCAAGUACCCGAAUCCGGCUCUUCAAUGGCACUACAGGGUGCUACAAGCCAUGGCACUCGAAGACGAGGUGCCUGACGAAAACGACAAAGAGGACCUCACUAUUCCCAAGUACAGGCAGAUCGCCAAACGGGUGGGGGGAUACAUGGCCGAAUGGAAAGAACUGCUGGAAGAGAAGACGAAGGCUUUUAUAAAGAGCCGGGCGUUGAAGCGCGAAGCUGAAGAUGAGGACGGCGGCAGACCGGUCGCAAAGCGGGCAAGAACUGUUCCCACUAUCAAAGAGGGCUCCGUUUCGGGCUCUAAGACUGGUAAUGCAAAACUCAAGGAGAUGUUUGAGAAUGGGACCCUCAAAAAUAUGACGGUUGCCGAUUUGAAAGAUGUGCUGGCGAGUAAGGGUGUGAGCGCGACUGGGAAAAAGGGGCAAUUGUUGGAGAAGUUGGAGCAGUGGAUAGAGCAGAACCUAUCAGCGCGACGUGUCACAAAAUAUCCAUCUCCGGAUAUCUGGCUCAUCUACGUCAUGGAGGCGUUGCUGGGCGCUUCCACGACGAACUCCUCGUGCGCUUCCAUCGCUGACCUCCAGAUUCAGCUGCGCAACCUUCUGAAUGCCCGUGUUACGCCCACACGCGCCGAACAUAUCUCUGCGACCUUCGAGAUCCGUGCGAGUGCCAUCUUCGACAUCCCCGGGAAUGAAACCCUCAACAACGCGCCGCACAUCGACCCACAACUCGCCGGUGUGGCCUCGAGUGCUGCACCGUCUGUGGCUGAGAAUGGUGCACUGGCAACGACGUACCGUGUCACCGCCAUCGAUGCCUUGAUGAACCAGCCACGCGACGACCCCAAACUGCAGACUUCCAUUAGCAAGCACAUCAUCAACUCACUGAGUGAGGUCGAUGCGAGCACUUGGACGGUGCGCCAUGUCGGACCAAGUGAGCACGGCUGGACUUUUACAUACAUCUGCAAGGACUCGUGGCAGUCAUGGUCUCGCCAGGUUGCGAAGACUCCGGCCAAGACGCUCAUCGGGGAAUGGAGUGAAAGAGCAGGACAAGAUCCGAUUCAUAUGGCUCGCCCGGCGUUUGACUGCCGCGGCUCUGUUAAGAUCUCCUUUGUCAGGUCGACGAGGACGAUAGACGUUAAGUACGAGCAUACGCCGCUUCACAAAACGGUCGGCGAGCUUAUCGACCUUCUUGCCCCUCCCCCUCCUGCUCCGGUUUCCAAGACGCCAGUAAAGAAACCGAAAGAGCCAAAGCCCAAGGAGCCAAAGGAGACGAAGCCCAGAACAUCGAAGCCUUCGAAAAGAGGUCCAGGAGAAAAUGGGGUCCCACUGGACGGCAAAUCCUCGCGACAGUUCAAAAAGCGGCGAAAGAAGGACUCUUUACCCCCUGGUGCUGGCGUUAUUCCUUCGGAGAUGCCAAACGACUUGCCUGUAGGGGAACUGUCUACCCGGCCGUUGUACAACUCUCAUUCAGAGGCUUCCACGCAUGGACAGCCUGCUGGUUCGAGCAGUUACCCUGAAACCCUCGUCAGUACCGACGGCCCGGCACCGGAAGACGUCGAUGCUCUUAUGGGCGCCAUACUCAAUCUUCCUCCCCGGGAGAUACAACGCCGGCGCGACGUUGCCAUCAAGCUUCUUACCAAUAGUGGCAUCGAUCCAAAGACCCUUACGGCGGAGCAGUUUAAUAUUUUUGCCAAUCAGUCUCCAGAGUUACAGCAAGACUCUCUCGCGAUGUUCAUGAAGUAUGGUGCUGAGCGGCUACGCAUCGUUCACCCCAACCAGGACAGCACGCCUGCGGCAACGCCGAAUAAGAACGUGGCCGGGGAGGGAACACCGGUGAAGCAGGCCAGAUCGAUUUGCGAUAACUGUCGCAUCAUGAAGCUCAGGGGCAAGUGUGACAAGGCCUUACCAGCUUGCACACUAUGUGUCGCGAGUGGCGUUGCCUGUGUUUACACAAAGCCGUGGAAGAGCCAAGUUGCGGAAGGGGCAACUUCUGAUGCCAUAGCAGCACCAGGGGCGCCCGGUCCGCCUGCGCCUGAGGAUGCGGCUAACAAUGAGCUCGGUAAUCUGGGCUCGCCUGGGUUUCGCAGCGUCCCAGCCGCCGAGCCUGCUCCUCCCAUAGACCCCCAGGGGAAUGGUCCAGCUCAAGACCAAGUGCAUGAUCACUUGGUCAGUCAUGUCGCUGAGCCGGUGAAUGAGCCGGUUGCCGCAAAACCCGUCCAUCAACAACUUGAGUUGACCUCAGACCCCUUUAGCCAGUAUCGACGCUCAUCUGGCGUGAGCCUUCUUCCUCAGGCAGCAGCCACUGCUGUCCCUGGGCAGCUUGCACAUCCGAGCAUACCGACAGCAUCGGUCGACUCCAAUCCGUUAGACUACAUUCACAAUUCUAUUCCAGAGGCCACGGAUGGGGAACGUGCAGUCGACGAUAUCACGGCAGAAUUAUUCAACAAUGCAGCCCACAAAUGGGGCUGGAACAAGCAGUACUACAAUGAAUACACAACCAAGCACCUGGCGGUCCCUGUCAGGGCCAACUCGGCGCCCGUCUCACAGGCAUAUGAUGAUUUACACCAGCAACAGCAGGCUUCGACUAGCUGGUCUACUCAGGCUUCGCAACAAGCUGUUUGGCCUUCUCCCCCGCAGACUGCCGUGCAACCUGUUCGCUCGAGGUCACGGCAGCCUGGUCGGUCACAAGCCCAGACGCAGUCGAGCAGCAUGGCAACUGCCCAGCAAGGGAACCAGUCAUUGCCGAUUACGUCUGGCCCGACUCAACAGUCGAGUUCGACGCGGAGCUACAAUUACAACCAAUACUCGACCGGUAGUUCUCAGGCCGACAGGUCUAAUGACCACAUAGCGUACCAGUCGUAUGGGACUGGGCCAACUGCUGUUCAACUGACCACGCACCCAUUGGUGGACGGCUACAGCUCUCGGCUACCGUCGACGUCUGUUACACACUCUUCUACAUCAUCCUCUCAGAAAAUGACUCAAACCUACUCGACCACCUUCUCGGCCAACACAAGCCAAUGGGGGACAGCUUCCUCAACCGCGCAGCAAACUAAGAGCUCUCGUGGUUACUGCACCACUCAAUCCACAGCAAGCAGCACCGCCUCCUACAACCUCCCUCCCACAACCCAACAAUUCCAAUCCGUCCAAGGCUUCGACAUGUUCCCACAAGUCCAGCCCCAAGCCCGCAGCUCAUCCAGCCUCUACACCCAACGAACGCAGAAGCCUCAACAGCAAACCUACAGCAGCUACAUAGCCCAGUCCCAGCAAGAUCACCAACAGCCCCAGCAACACCAUCACCAGCAGCAGUCUCACCAACAACAACAACACUUCCAACGCACCGCUGCCGCUAGCACAACCCUUCACCGCCAUCAACGAACCACUUGGGGCGGCUACAGCACAAGUACGACCAGCUCAACGGCUACCACGUCCUCAAGGUUCGGGUCUCUGACUGCCACGGCGGGGACGGGAAAGGCGUAUUCUAGUGCUGUGCAUGAAAGGCAGCAUCACUGGUCUACACUGGCCGAAUUGGGACUCCGUGCAGCGGUUGCGGCUGCAGGAAAGUGUGCUGGAACCGGGGCUGGGGCCAUGGAUGGGGACCACGCGUUGUAUGAUUUGGUAGGGAAUAAUCCGUAA